AUGGUUUGGCAGAAUAUUCACCAAUUUGGUGGGAAGCUGAUGCGCAGGCGGCCUCUGCAGCUGGGCCAGGGGGACUCUGAGCAUCGCUUGUCUCGUUGUCUGAAGACCCUGGAUCUGGUGGCCUUGGGUGUGGGCAGCACCCUGGGAGCAGGCGUGUAUGUCCUAGCUGGAGAAGUGGCCAAAGAGAAAGCUGGACCGGCCAUCGUCAUCUGCUUCUUGGUGGCGGCCCUGACUUCUAUGUUGUCGGGACUCUGCUAUGCAGAGUUUGGGGCCCGGGUGCCAUGCUCCGGUUCCGCGUGUCUCUACACUUACGUCACAGUGGGUCAACUGGUGGCCUUCAUUACUGGCUGGAACCUCUUACUCUCCUAUGUCAUUGCAAUCAUGGCUUUCCUGUUUGAGCUCAGUGACCUUGUGAACCUCUCGUCCAUCGGGAUCAUGCUUGCUUACUCCUUGGUGGCCUUUUCUGUUCUUAUUCUCAGGUAGCAGCCAGACCAGAAUUUCAGCAAGAAUGAGAAGCCGAAGGAAGAAGUAGUUGAGAUGAAUUCUGUACCCAAAGCGAAAUCCCCAGAACGUGUUCCUGAAGCGUCCAGCACUCCGACGAGUCUGUGGAGCCCUGUCAGCACCGUCCCCACCCCGAGAUCUGGCCGCAUCGUCUAUGGAUGUGCUUUUCUGCUUGUUAUCCCGCUGACCAUGCUCUGCCUGGUACUGGCCCAUUGGCCCAAACGCCUGUUCUCUGGAGAGCCAAUCUAUGUCACAGCUGCUGUGCUACUGCUGGUGCUCAUUGCAGGAUUCGCUUUCACCAUCUGGAGACAGCCCCAGAGCAACACUCCUCUCUACUUCAAGGUCCCCCUGUUGCCUGUCCUCCCGUUGGUCAGCAUCUCUGUGAAUGUUUAUCUGAUGAUGCAGAUGACCACUGAGACCUGGGCCCAAUUUGGAGUCUGGAUGUUGAUUGGAUUUGCUGUGUAUUUUGGAUAUGGGAUCCGACACAGCUUGGAGAACGAUCAACAGCCACCUGCGUCAAGCUCCCAAACUCCUCACGAAAACAUCGCUAGUCCUCGCUGAAUUAGUUUAACCACAGAAAAGGGAUGGGCCAGUCCACUGGAGGUGUCCUCUGCAUGAAGGGAAAGUGUGAAGCUCUGUAAAGUGUGAAGGUGGGAUGCAUUUAAAGCCCCAUGUGCAUUGCCAGUGAGCAAAUGCUUUUUUAAAAACUUUAUUUUGUUUUUUGUUUGUUUGUUUGUUAUAGAGAUGAGGACUUGCUCUGUUGCCCAGGCGGAACUUGAACUCCUGGGCUCAAGUGAUCCUCCUGCCUCAGUCUUCCGAGUAGCUGGGACUACAGGCACCUCAUCAUGCCCAGCUUAACAAAAUAACUUUAUUAUUAUUAUUAUUUUUUCUUUUUGAGACAGUCUCGCUCUGUCGCCCAGGCUGGGGUGCAGUGGUGUGAUCUUGGCCCACUGCAAUCUCCGCCUCCUGGGUUCAAGUGAUUGUCCUGCGUCAGCCUCCAGAGUAGCUGGGAUUACAGGCACGUGCCACUGUGCCCGGCUAAUUGUUGUUUAUUAGUAGACGCGGGGUUUCACCAUGUUGGCCAGGCUGGUCUUGAACUCCUGACCUCAAGUGAUCCACCUGCCUCAGCCUCCCAAAGUGCUGAGAUUACAGGCCUGAGCCACUGUGCCUAGCCAAAAUAACUUUAAAAACUUACAUUUUAAAAAAAAUUGACAAAUAAAAAUUGUCUAUGUUUAUGGUGUA